CAAAUAUAUCUUCUACUUCUACUUCUUUACCUUCUGCUGCACCGUUGAGCUGCCGAAUUAUUGGGAAGAAUGAGUUUUUCCUUGCGAAAAUUUUUCCGUUUAGCUAAACAACAACAAAAUGAUUUAAUUAAUGGAAGACAACAAUCCAUUCAGAUUUGUGAAGGAGGGUUUUUCCUUUUACCUGACAGACUUGGACAACAAAGCCAUUUAAGUCAAAAUAAUAUACUUCAUAAAAAAUAUUAUGACGAAAUUGGUGUUACUGGGUGUUCUUCUAUUUCGAGUAAUUCUUCUUUUGGAUCACCAUUUAAAAUGAUGAGUGAACCAGAAUGGGCGCCUUCAUUAGUCCCCAAUUUAGGACGAACAAAUUUUCUUAAAAAUACAAAUUUUGGUAAAAAUCAGAAAAUAGCAGCUACAAAUAAUUGUUCAAAUUCUUCUUCUUCUCAAUCAGGUGUUGAUUGCAAAAGAAGGCAAAUGAUGGCUGAUAGUUCUGAUUUUACUUCUUUAACUUCUUCAAUUGAUGGCGGGGGUGUUCACAAUGUAGAAGAAGAUUCUUUUAAUGGAAGUGGUGGAAAUAUUGAAAAUUUAAAUAAAAAUAAUAAUUGUUCUUCCUCUACUUCCUCCUCUUCUUGUCUACCACCAAAACCUUCACAAAAACAACAAAUAUAUUCUUCUACUUCUACUUCAACAACAGAAUUACCUCUAAAUAAAAAAGAAAAUAAAGAAGAAUUAAAUAAACAACAUUCUCAACAACCUCAACAAUUUAUUAAAAGAAAUUCUGUAACUAAUUCGGCCCCUUUAACUGAUAAAUUACAAAGAAAAAACCAAUUAGGGCCGCUUGGAAGAACUUUUAAUUUUUUAAAAAGUAAAUUAGACUUUAGUUUAUCUGCUUCAGUUUUAUGUCCAUCAAAAGAAGAAUGCCGUCUUUGGCAAGAAGAUUUCUUUACUUUACUUAGCCAUAAAUAUGGUUGUAUGCUUUUUCGGGAAUUUCUUCAAAGCGAAUUUAGCGAGGAAAAUUUGGAUUUUUGGUUGGAUGUUGAAAACUUUAAACAAAUGAAGGAUUCAAAAAAGCAAACUUUACAAAAAGCCCAACAAAUAUAUGAUACUUAUAUUAAAGAAUUGGCACCUAAAGAAGUAAAUUUGGAUAGUGAAACAAGGAUGAAAACAAAAAAUGGAUUACAAAGUAUUCCAUUAAAAACAGAUAUUUUUAAUUUGGCACAAAACAAAAUUGAACAAUUAAUGUCUAAAGAUAGUUACUCUAGGUUUUUAAAAUCAGAGCAAUAUUUGGAUUUAUUAGAUGAUAUACCAAAUGUUGGAGAUAAACCUCGUUCAGCUUCGAAUGGUUUACUUCGUGUAUCUUCAACAAAAAGUAAUGGAAGUAUUUUAAAUUCUAAAAGAUCAACAGCUAGCCGUUCCCCCUCUCUUUCACCUAAAUUAGGUUUUGGGGGUGGUGGUCGUUGUGUUCGGAGAAAUACUUGUUCGCCUACCUCUCCUGUAACAUCACUACAAAUUCCUUGUAUUCGAGAAUAA